GAAGGAGAAAACCGCUGAUCCUUAUAGUAGGCCUAUAACCUCGCAUGUAGUCAUUUUAUGAUUGGGACCCGAGUGAAGAGUCAUCUCGUUUCAUUCCUACUUUGGGAUUCGAUCGAGACUCAUCAACCUUAGUAUUCUGAUCGAAUUGUAGAAAAUUAAGUAAUUAGGUGAUUGUAACCCAUCACUAUGGCUCAGGACAGGUUUGUUUUGAUUGGAAGUUUGGUCUGCUGUUUGGGUGUGGUGAGCAUCGCAGCCUUGGUUCUUGGUAUCAUCAGCAUCACUUCCCUUCAAGGCACGCAAAGAGAGUCUACCAACGAUCCACAGUCGAUUAACAUCUAUACACAGCCAUCAACAGGAAGCAGCGAUGAUGAUGAUGAUAAAAUUUGGAUGUUCGCCAUUAGUCAUUAUGAUGACAAAAGAGCAUAUCUGGAUAAGACAACACACACAAUCAGGGGAUUCACUCCAGAUAUCGUUGAGGCUGUGUGCGAGAUAGCGAACAAGAAUUGCGUAACGGUGUAUGACAUCUCCGCGAACUGUUGGGACAGCAAGGCUGGUGAGCGCCCCAGGGGCGGCAAGGGCAUCAUGAGUGGAUGGUACGAUGGCUGUCUAGAAUGGGUUCAAACGUAUGAUCGUCUUCUGACCUUCACAUUCUCCGCGCCAUAUACCAAAGGAGGUACUGUUGGCCUCUUUGUGAAAAAUGACAGCUUCGUGACGUAUGACGAUUUGACCAAUCAGAAAGUUGGAUUUAUAGAUGGGUGGAACUCGGACGAAUUCUGUCUCGCCCGCUACACAAACAUUAUGGGUUCCACACUUCGUCCCGAUCAGGUAUUUUAUUUUGAGACUGCUGAUCUCCUAGCAGCCGCAGUACAAAAUGAUGUGGUUGAUGUGGCGUUUGGUGAAGUUCUUGGAGCUUUCACCUCCUCAUUGAAACGCAUCUCACCACCGGACUUCGAGAAUAAUUGCAGAGCUGCUGGUGGGUCAGUUAUGACACGACAUACUAACACCGAUUUGGUCAAAUGGUGGAACGACGCAUUCCAACUACUCAAUGACAGAGGGCGCUAUAACGAAAUCUGCGACUCCAUCAAUGAACGCCAUGGUCAUAUUCCCAGUGGCGAUUACCAAGACUUCUGCAUCGGAUACUAGUAAGCAUCAAGAGCUGAUUCGACUAUACUCAUAACGUGACUAUUUUCAAAUGCAGACAUCAUAGAGUGAGGGAGAGGUGGAGAGGUAUAUGAAAGAAAGAUAAAAAAGGAGAGGAUGAUGGAAGAAAAUUGGAAUGUGAUGAGAGGGACGAAUAACAGAGGAGAUUGAGAGAGAGAGGUGUAGAGAGGGAGGGAUGGGGAGGGGUAGGAGAAAAGGAGAGGAGGGGGAGGAAAGAGAGAAGAUGUAAGAGAGUGUUACACUGUGAACAAAUAUUGUGUAAAUUUUAACCAGCACGAGGGUAAUUACAUGCAUUAUGUGUUCAACCAAUUUGGGGCAGUAUGUUACCCAAUUAAAUGCGGGAACCAUAUUGUCUAGUAAGGUAAGAAAAUAAGCAUCAAUUACUUUAGAAUUAGCAAAAUUUUCACCACACUGGAUAAAUCAAAAUGCCCCAAAAGAAAUGCCCAAAUGUUGUUUGGACACCUAAUUACCCUCAUGGAGCACUUUUACCCAUUAUUUUUUAGAGUUGAAGAGGGAGAAGAGAAUAGAGAAAGAAAGAUAAACGACAGAAAUAAAGUAAGAUAAGAGGUCAUCUUAGGAUAGGCCUCAGCAUAUACGCUGCUUGCUAUAAUUAUCUUACAAAGGAAUGUGUACAGAACGUAAACGGGAUGUAAAUCUAUAAUCAGCCAUCGAGAAUUCAAGGCUAAACCUCAAUGUAAUUGCUAACUGAUAGUCGUAUUAACCUGUCAUGUAUAAUUAUAACAUUGUUCUCUAGCUUUAAACCCUAACACUACUUUCAUAACUGCAACGUUUCAAUAACAUUUAUGAUUGAUUUAUCUCGAUCUGUUUCGAUUUUGAUAUUGUUAACGAGUUAUGUUCAUUUAUGCUAAACAAUUGAUGGCGGAGGUAGUCAAAUACUUAUGUGUAAGAAUAGAAAAAAAGUAAAGAACUUGUGUCAAAAUCGUAUUCUUUCUAUACAUCCGUUAUUAUAAGCUCUCAACUGAAUCAACCGAUUGAUUACGUUUUUCUAUUAUAAUUAUUUUUUAGAAAUUUAUUUAUUUAAUUAAUUUAUUUGGGGGGAGGUGGGGGGAUGCUGCCCGUCAUAUUUAAAAAUGUAUUGUUUUUCCGUCAUCAUAUCAUUGUUAGUUCUGUAAAGUUGAACUUUUCAUCGUUUUGUUAUAAUAUGCUUCAUAUAUUUGUUUUAGCAGUUUUAUUUAUUUUGAAUGAUUUAUUUUCUUUAUUAAUUAAAAUAAAAGAAAUCGCCUAGUUUAAUUAUUAAUUCAUUUAUUCAGUUGAUCAUAGCGUUUAAUUAAUAUUCACUCUUCUCGUUAUUUUGAUUUAAAUGGAUAAAAGAGGGGAGGAGAGAAAAUAGCCGCAGAGAACACAACUUAAAGGAAGGAGAAAUUCGGUGUGUGAGUGUGUGUGUGUGGGAGAGGGUGUGUUUGUGUGAGGGUGUGUAUGUGUAUGGGAGAGGGUAUCAUUCAGUCAUUUAUUAUUAAUUAUCAUUAAAAUACACAGAGGGUUGGGGGCUCAGUUAAGUAAUUUUUUUCUAUAGAUAUAAAAGUAUAAUUUUAAGGAAUUUCAUUCCGUCCUUAUUUGCUUCAGUUUUUGGUAAAUAUAUAUGUAUUUUAUUUUUUGC